AUGUGCGCGCCCGCGUGCUUUGGUCUUUCCACGGAGACCCGGACCCGUCCUGCAAGACCUGCACCCCGCAAAGCCGCCUCCCCCCGGUUGUGUAAACUGGGGGCUGCCACCACGGAGAGACCACAGGAACCCCCCUUGGGCCCUCCAUGUCCCUUUGACGGGGCCUUUUGGACUCGAAGACCCCCACAGGCACCCCAGCAGGGGUGUUUUGCUUGCAUCUCCAAGACACCCCCUGUGCAGCAAGGAUCGCCCAUCCUGUCUCCCUCCUCUGCUGUUUGCCUCAUGGAGAACAAGAGCUGCAAAGGGGAUAGCCUGCGGCCACCGGUCCAAUGCAAACACUCUGUGGAGAAGAAGACGAUGACUAAUCCCACCACAGUGAUUGAAAUCUGCCCAGACACCACCGAAGUGAAUGAUUACUAUCUCUGGUCCAUCUUCAACUUUGUAUACCUCAAUUUCUGCUGUCUGGGUUUCAUUGCCUUGGCGUAUUCUCUGAAAGUUCGGGAUAAAAAACUCCUCAAUGACCUGAAUGGUGCUGUUGAAGACGCCAAGACAGCCCGUCUUUUUAACAUUACCAGCUCAGCACUGGCCACCUUCUGCAUCAUCCUUGUCUUCAUCUUCCUACGAUACCCGCUCACUGACUACUAGGACAGGGCCACAGUUACUGCCUGAAUUCCUCCAUGCCAGAAGCCACCAUUGGAUUUCUAAUAGAAGGGACACAAACGAAACCAAGCAAAACCCCCAUACCACUCCCUCCUAAUGGCAAAAGUCACCCCAAACCAAUAAAAGAAGCAACCAGGACUCCCCCCCCCCCACACACAUACACACACUUCCCCCUAGGCUGACUGGAGUGUGAACUUCUG